AUGUCCAAAUUAAACGGAGAUAUUCUUUAUUUGAUAUUUAAAGAGUUACAUAAUGACAAAAAUACUCUUUAUUCUUGUCUUUUAAUUAAUAAAACUUGGUGUGAGAUAAUUAUUCCAACUCUAUGGAAAAAUCCUUGGAAACAUUUAAAUUACCAAAAGGUGAAAGUUUUAUUGGAUGUUAUAAUUUCUCAUUUUUCAGAUGAAAAAAGAAAUAUUUUAAAGAGUCAAAACAUUUAUUUUCCAACCAAUUCAUAUAAAAGACCAUUAUUUAAUUAUAUUAGUUUUUGUAAACAUUUAAAUUUAAAUGUUAUUAGAAAAAUAAUUGUAAAUUUGGGAGUUGAUUGUAUUUUAAAUGAAAUUAUUUGUCUUUUUAUAAAUGAAAAUACAAAAUUUACACACCUUUAUAUACCUCGAAAUUUUGUUCAUUAUAUACACCUUAUUCCUGGAGCUGAGCAUUGUUUCUCAAAUAUCGAAUUCCUUAGUUGUUAUGCGAAUAUAGAUUAUUAUUUAUUGAAUGGAUUAAAAACGAUGUGUAAAUCAAUUAAAGAAUUGGAAAUUAUUCAUGAGGAGUGUAAUAAUUAUGAUAUUUCUGAAUUAAUUAGAACUCAAGAAUCUAUACUUAAUUUUAGUUUUAUAUCUAAUAAUAUGAUAAAUGAUAUGUCAUUUUGCCAAUUCCUUGAAAAAUCUUUGAUUAAACAUGCAAAUACUAUACAACAUUUUAAGAUGACUAAACCUCCUGCUACGCAAAUUCUAUCAUAUUUCACUAAUUUAAAAAGUUUAGAAUUGAGCAAUCGUUAUUAUUAUUCUGACCAAUUAUUAAAAAAUUUAUCUUUACCAUUCUUACAAAUUUUAUAUGUCAAUUAUAUUCCAGUUAUAUUAUUAGUACCCUUGAUUGAAAAUACAGAUGGUUAUCUUAAUGAAAUAGCUAUUUAUGAUAUUAAAUAUAAUGAUAUUGAUUGUAAAAGAAUUAUUCAGGCUAUUUAUACUAAAUGUCCAAACCUUAAAUAUCUUAAGCUUAAUUUAAGUAAUUAUGCUAUUUUUGAAUUAGAAAAGUUAUUAAUUAAUUGUCAAUAUUUAACUGGAUUGUUUAUUAUUAAGAGUGGUAUUUUUAAUUGGGAUACUUGUUUUGAAAUAUUAUCUAAAUCAUCGCCAAUUGGUUUGUGCAAGUUUAAAUUUGGUUAUUUUUGUAAUAAUAUUGAAUCAAAAUCUUUUAAAUCAUUUUUUGAUAAUUGGAAAGGUAGAUAUCCUAUGUUAUUACAAUUUAGUCAAUUAAAUUUAAAAAAUUAUAAUAGCUUAAUAGAAAAAUACAAGAAAAGAGGAAUUAUUAAAAAAUUUGAAAAUGAUAAAUUUGGAGAUUUUGAAUGGUAGAAUUUUAAAUAUAUAUUAUCAGAAAAUGUUGUAUAAAAAUGAUAGUUAUUUUAUAU